AUGAACGGGUGUAUUUGUGGUAGUAACAUUAAUUGUUUCGAGACCAGUUUCGAUAUUUUGCUUAUACCUAGUAAGAGUAGACCAGAAACCGAGAACUUUGGACUCGAAAUUUUGUGUAAUCAUAUUGAGUCUUGUCAUGGACUCAAUGGUAUAUCACUUCCAGAGUGUGGCUUAAGUCGGAGAUCGUAUCAUAGGAAUGAAGGCAUCGGUGGCAAAGACGCCAAGAGGGGACACUUUCCGUGGAUUGUAUCACUACAAGUGAUCCACAACACCACCUAUAAGUACCACAUCUGUGGCGUUUACCCACAAUUUGAUAGUAGAAAUAAUUUCACUGAUAUUUUACAAAUACGUUUUGGUUCAGUGAACUGGACGUAUGGUUAUGAGAGCGAGAUCUCCAGAAUAGUUUGCCAUCCGUUCAACACAUACCACAUCAUUGAUGACAAUAAAGACAACUUCGCAGACAUUGCACUCAUUAGAGUCACGAAACCCAUACGAAUGGUACAAAUAUUUGGUUAUUAUUUAGUGAAUAGCAUUUGUUUGCCACAUAAAGACCAGAAGUUUAACGGGGUGUCCACUUUGGCCGGAUGGGGACAACAACUGCUACAUAAAGCUGAUAAUAUGCCGAUUGUAAGCCUAGAUAAGUGUAAAAUAAGUUAUGCGGUGGAAAGCCGACAUCAGUUAAACCGCUAUAUCGAUGAGAAUAUUAUAUGUAGUGGUGGUAAUCAAAUGGGCAGUUCGUCUGGUGAUUCUGGAGGACCUCUUGUCUACUACAAUGAUUCUCGUCAAAGAGCUAUCAUCAUAGGUGUGGCCUCAAUGGCCGAGCCGUUUGACUGGGAUCGACCAUCACUUUUUACAAAUGUUGCCAAUUAUAUAGAUUGGAUUGAAGAUGAGAUCACAUUUUGGGACAGAUUUUAUAAAUUGCAUAACUAUUAA